AUGCACCAAUACUUUGAUCGCAAGCCGUCAAAAUGGAAUAUUGAAGAUUUUUUAAAAGAAUGCGACUCGAAAACAACGAGAGCGAAGUUAAGUCUUUACAUUAAGUGCCUGGAGAAAAUCGUUAAUACUGAGGAAGGCCCAAGGCGUGAGAAAGCGCUGGAACUGCUUUAUAAUUAUAGGGAGGGUGAUAAAGCUGAUCGCAAACUUGCUAGGGAUUGGGAUAAUGAAGUUUCAACCAGGCAGAUUAAAAGUAAACUACGCAAUAUGGAAAGCGGGGAAACGAUUUCUGAUUACUGUGAACUUUCCGACAAAGUUGAAAAUGAAGUUAAAUCGGAUCUCAAAAAGACAUUUGAUAGAGAGUAUAAUAAAAUGAAGGACAAUCUGAAGUGGAAACUCAAAUCCACAGGCAGAGUCGUGGAGGACACUUUAUAUGAAUGCGUGCCUAAUUUUACAUCAGAGCACUUAAUUCAUUCAUUCACUAUAGAUAUUGAUGACCCAAUAAUCAAAGGAAUCUUUUUUCCUCAGGAAUUACAAGAAAUUGAGGAAACAAAUGUUAAAGAAGAUCCAGACUUAAGCUCCAAACUUUAUGGAAAUCUAGCACGUUUUUGUAAUAAGAAUAAUAUUGAAGAAAUAAGAAAAAUCAUGAAAGAAAUUGAUCACGAAGGAUAUGACUUUGAAGCGGAUACCCUUAAGUAUUCAGUUCACAGCCUGGUACGACAAUAUGAACGUACUCCAAAUGCUUUCUCUUUGGAUCAUUACGAAGCUUGGUACAACAUUAAUGUCUGGGGUCCCAUUAUCGAUAGAACCUUUGAUAAUAUACCAAACGUUGAUAUUGCUCGAAAAGGCGAUGCAAUAAUUAGAAAGUUGUCAGGGGGGAUAAAACUUGAAUUUGGAGGUUCCGAGGCAGGAAAACACUACGAAGGACAAGGUGCAACCAAGUGGCUUUAUGAGUCGAGAUUAAAGCUUCCAAAGAUGAUGCGUGAUAUGUUUAUUAGCUUAUGUAAGAAUACAGAUUGGAAUCAAGAAAAAAUGGAGAAAAUGGAAACAGUGGGUUAUAUUCAUGGCGGUCUAGUUUUAAUGAUUAUGACGCUGGAUCUCCCAGCUGGUUAUAUAACCCGUAUUAACAAAAGCGAACUCUAUCGCAUACCAGAAGAUAUUGAGUCCUUUAAUGAUGCAAUAGAAUUGAUUACAGCAGUUUGGAAGAGUAAGAUGCGAGUUGUCAAUACGAUGGCAUUAUUAAAUAGCACAAAAAAAGAUGUCAUUGUUGAUCGCCUGAGGAACGUGUCGACAAUUAAAAGAAAUAGGAAUGAUCGCGCUGAUCAAACCAAUGAAAUCAAAAAAAUUCUUCCAGAGAAUCAAACUACACCAGAGAAGGCUCAAAAAAAAGAUUGUUAG